AUGUCGCAGAGCCGAGGCGGCUCGUCGCCCUCCAAGGUGCCCGAUGGCAAAUCCAAGCCGGGCGGUGCAUGGAGCGACGGCAAGGACGGCGUUGAAGCGGAGCUCGGGCCCCGGGAAGGCCUGCGCCGCAAGCAGCAGACGCUAAUCCUGGACGAGGAGAACCCUUCUGCCGUGCCACAGGUGAAAAGCGUGGUGCGGGUGACGACGCCCCCGGCGGCGCCGGGUCGCUCCUGGGACCUGACAGUGGAGGACUCCAGGACCGAGCCGGGGAACAACCGCCGAAGCCGGGCCGAGCCCGCGAAAUCCUGGUGGCCGUUUGGCGGGGGAGGGGCCUCCGUGGCACCGGCAGAGAUCAAGGAGGAGGUCACAGCUGUGUCGUCAUUCACCUUUGAUUGA